CCACCACUCAUUGUUCUCUCCCUCUCACGUUUCCUUAUGUUCAAAGCUACAAAUCGAGAUCUACGAAAACACAAUCAGAUCUUGCGCAAACAAACAAGCGGAGUCCACAAUAAUAGUCUGCUUUAGUUGUUCCCUGAUCCAUCCGAUUCGCUCUCACAAGAUUCAUCUGUUUGCUAUCAGACAUGUGGAGAAUCAAGCAAUUCAUGCCUAAGGAGAAGUCUGGGCUUGAAGGUCGUAUGAUUGACAUUGGAAACCUGAAAAUCCAUGUGCGCAAUGUCAUAGCCGAGGGGGGAUUCUCUUGUGUUUACUUGGCUCAGGAUGCUCUAAAUGGUUCAAAGCAGUAUGCGCUGAAACACAUGAUAUGUAAUGAUGAAGAAUCUCUAGAUCUGGUGAGGAAAGAAAUAUCUGUGCUUAAAUCGCUUCAAGGACACCCCAAUGUUGUCAUGCUAUGUGCUCAUACUAUCUUAGAUAUGGGGCGGACGAAGGAAGCACUCCUUGUAAUGGAAUAUUGUGAUAAAUCUCUGGUUAGUGUGCUGGAGAGCAGAGGUGCAGGGUUCUUUGAGGAGAAACAGAUACUUCUAAUAUUUAGGGAUGUCUGUAAUGCCGUUUUUGCAAUGCACUGUCAGUCACCACCCAUUGCUCACCGCGACUUGAAGGCGGAGAAUCUUUUGCUUGGAUCUGAUGGAUUAUGGAAGUUAUGUGAUUUUGGUAGUACCUCCACGAAUCAUAAACGUUUUGAGAGGCCAGAAGAAAUGGGUAUCGAAGAAGACAACAUAAGGAAGCACACAACACCCGCCUAUAGAUCCCCUGAGAUGUGGGACUUGCUCCUGAGAGAAGUUAUAAGCGAGAAAGUUGAUAUUUGGGCCCUUGGGUGUCUCCUCUUCCGCAUCUGCUACUUCAAGUCUGCAUUUGAUGGUGAAUCAAAGCUACAAGUUCUGAAUGGAAAUUAUCGCAUUCCAGAAUUGCCGAAGUACAGCUCAUCCGUGACCGAUCUCAUUAGGGACAUGCUACAAUCUUCACCAGAUUCCAGACCAGACAUCACGCAGGUGUGGUUUCGAGUUAAUGGUCUAUUAUCUGAUGGAUUACAGAAGUCAUUACCAGAUAGGCCCCCUGAAAUGCUCCAAACGGACAUGCCUGAAGGUCUUCCAAGGUCUGCAAAUAAAUCUAGUCCGAUGCCUCGCAGAAGCCCACCACCUCCUCCAACAGCUGCAGAAUUAGCUCGGAAUGCACCUCAACCAGUUCCUGCUUCGAGGACGGAGGGAACUGGUGGGCCCAUAGGUGCUUUCUGGACAACUCAGCAUGGUAAGGAUUCAGCUGUUGUUGAAGAGCUUAGCAAAGUUACAUUUGAUGAAGAGAUCACUGGUGCUGAAAGGAGUCGUUCAGAGAGGUUUUCUUUACACAGAACUAGUUCUCCAAAAGAUGAAGCUCCUCAUGCCCCCCGGCCCUCACAAAAAACUGUGCAAGGAAAAUCAGGUCCUUCAAAGGACUUUGAAAUGAACUUUUUCCAGGAUGGUCCAAGCCAUGCUACUGAGAGACCGAAAGCAAAAUCCAAUGACGCUUUCAAUGCUUUUGCAACUGAAUUUAGCGUUAACAAAGUCAGCCCUGGAAGAAGUAAUGUUAACACUGGGAAAGAAGAGCAGUUAGAGGCUGAGGUAGAAAGAUUAAGGGAACAGCUGCAGCAGAUUAAUUUGGAGAAAAGUGAACUAAGUUCCAAGUAUGAAAAGUUAUCUGGUAUUUGUCGAUCACAGAGACAAGAGUUACAUGAAAUGAAGCAAACUCUUGCUUCAAGAACUCCAUCACCAAAUAGAAGUGCCUCCAAAACCCAGUCAUCUCCUGGAACUCAACACCAUUCUCCCUCUCAGCAGCAGAAAGACGGAACAUUUUGGGAGCAACAAAAGGGAUUGUUUGAUAAAAGUUCUCCAAGCUCUGACCAAAACUCAUGGCAACCGUUUCCUGAGGCGGCACCAACUUUGACAAACAACUCGAAAUCUGUUAGAACCAGAAAUGGGCAGCAGAACAAGCAAGGUGGUGAAGUAGGUGGUGGCAACAGCAGUUGGAGUUUCGGAGCAGAAAGCUUUACAGCGGUUCCUGCUGCCAGCCCUCAGGUAAACGUAUCUAGCCCCAGUUUGAAUAACUCUCAGCGUUUUGGUGAGUCAAAAAACAAAGAAAGUAAGUCGGCUUCCCAACCUGCGGGAUGGGCUGGGUUCUAGUCUUAUCCUUGGUCGGAGAUGUUAUAGAAAAUGUGUUGAACCCUGUGAAAUAUUUGAGAAAAUUGGGUAUAGGAAAGGGGAACACACUUGAAAGAAAACAUUUAUGGGCUUGUUUUUGUGGUGUUGCUAUGUGUGUGUUUUGUAUACAGAUUGACGUUAAGAAUGACUAUCGGCUUUUCUUGUGUU